GUCGGACUCCUUUGAGUGUAACGCAGCGGUCCACCGGUUUGAAAACAGCUAUAGCUAGUUGUUUGUCAUUUCCAGAGGCUCGCUGAUUUGUGUAAUUGAUGUUAAAAAAUGGACGACCAGGGUUGUCCGAGAUGCAAAACAACAAAAUACAGGAAUCCUUCGCUGAAGCUGAUGGUGAACGUCUGCGGUCACACGCUAUGUGAGAACUGUGUGGAGAUGCUGUUUGUGCGCGGCGCCGGCAACUGUGUACAAUGCAACACGCCGCUGAGGAAGAACAACUUUCGGGUGCAGCUCUUCGAGGAUCCGACAGUUGACAAGGAGGUGGAAAUUCGAAAGAAGGUCAUGAAAAUCUACAACAAGAGGGAGUGUGACUUCCAAAGCCUCAGAGAAUACAACGAUUAUCUGGAGCAAGUGGAGGACAUAGUGUACAACCUGACAAACAACGUUGAAGUGGAAAGCACCAAACUGAGGAUGGAGCAAUACCAGAGGGAAAACAAAGAUGUCAUCCAGCGGAAUAAAGCAAAGCUUACACGAGAGCAGGAAGAGCUGGAGGAGCUGCUGCUGCUGGAACAGCAAAGCAGUGAACAGCGGAGACUGGAUGUGCUGCAGGAGGAGCAGAGACAGCUGCAGGCCAAGAGAAAAAACAAACAGGCUCUUCUGGAUGAACUGGAAAAGUCUAAGCUUCCUGCCACUCUUUUACUCGCUCAGCACAAAGUCCGUGCUGCUCAGCUGGAGACUGAAAUAGAGCAGCAGAAGCAAAAUGUAAAGCCUACAAGUUUGUUCUCUACUGGAAUUCAAAUGAACCAGACUGUGUCUCUGCAGCCUUUGCCUAGGAUAGAGGAAGCUCUCUACCACUACAAACCUCUUCAAGUUGAGACCUACGGACCCUCUGUGCCUGAACUGGAGCAGCUGGGAAGAUUUGGGUAUCUGAACCACGUGCGGACCGCCCUCCCCCAGGAUACAGCCGGAGGAUACACCUCUGCUUUAGCAUGUUAUCGAGCCAUUCAGGAUGCAUUCAGUGGGCUCUUCCCCCCAAAAUUCUGAACCUGAACAGUCCCCUGUGGUUGUUAAGGCAGACCAGACAAUAAGUGAUGCUUUAGUAACAACAUGUUGUUGUGGAUAGUACUCCUCUGAUCUUUUUUUUUUAUAAAGAAUUUGACAAAUA